CUUAGCCUAUAAAUAGCACCUUCACUUCCAACAUCUCCACCACUCAAAGCUCCUUACUUCGGUUUAAUCACUUCUCAUUCUUCCUUUUCCUUCAAUUUCUUGAAUUUUUAUACUUUCUCAGGUCAUCAUGGGAGUUGCCACCGGUGAAUUUGAGGUCGCUUGUGCCGUUCCACCUGCCAAGAUGUUCCAGGCCGCUGUCCUCGAUGCUGACGAGCUCUUCCCCAAGAUUAUGUCCCAAGGUAUCAAGAGUGCCGAACUCAUUGAAGGCGAUGGAGGGGCUGGAAGCAUCAGGAAAAUUAACCUUGUCGAAGGCAACUUUUGCAUGAAGCACAAGGUUGAUGCCCUAGACAAGGAAAGCUUCGUAUACAACUACACCAUCUUUGAAGGCGAUACCUUGACCGGCAAAUUCGAGAAAAUUGUUUACGAGACCAAGUAUGUGUCAUCUCCUGAUGGAGGAUCCAUCUUCAAGGCCACUGUAUCAUUCCACACCUUAGCAGGCUUUGAUGUCCCAGCAGAGAAGUUGGUUAACACCGCAAAAGAAAAGGCAACCGUCAUGGUCAAGACUGUUGAAGCUUAUCUCCAGGCCAAUUAACCAUAUAUCUCAAGUCGUAUGUGUGUUUUGCCUUACCAGUUACCUCAAAUAAGUGGAUCAGGGAUCAAUUGUGGCUUGUUGUAAGAUCUUUUAUGUGUAAUUUUUCUGGUUUUUGUUUUUUUUCGAAGAGUGAUUAUGUAAGGAUUAUGCCAAUCCUUGCUUUUGUUGCAUUCAAAGAAAUCCAAUAAAAAAGAAAGACUUUAAAGUCAAAUAAGUUUGAAUAA